AUGCAGUAUUAUGCUCACACUGUACAGACUUCACUGCUGCUGUCGGGAAACAAGCAACCGGCGUGCCUGACCCAAGCACCUUGCCUUAACCGGCCAGUCUGGGGUGAAUUGGCUUAUGUAAUGUCACGUGGUCUACACCAACCACCAACGUCGCUUUUCCCGGCCUCUUCCAUCACAAGGAAGCAAACGACGAGUUGGAAGGGGGGGGGGGGGGGAAUCGAGAAAGGAGGGACCAAGGCUUUUUUUUCUCACCUUCCCUGCGCAUUUUACCAAUGGCCGUUCCCACAUGUCUCGGGCCAUCCGUCAAUUAAUCAAUCACAUCAGCAGCGCUACGUGUCCUGCGACCCCAACAGGUCCUCCCAGCUCCUGAGCUCAAUCAUCACGGGUUUCCCGAUGCACUCGAGCCAAAGGGGCACACAGCGAGGCCUAAAAGUGCGGCGCCACCUGGGUUGCACCACCAGUCAAUGCAGACAGCCCCCAAGCCCAAUCUGCAUCGAUAUUCUCCCCUCUCCCGACCAAAUAUUCGGUUUACGCACCGCAACAUCUCAUGGUUCAUCUCCGAUUUGGGUGGGACUUUCUCCGUCCAAGGGUCUCGGCACUCCCCAACCGGUCACCUUCGUCCGAGUCAAACUAUCUCGCAAUUGCAUCACGCACACUCUCGGGCGGAACACACAACGUUAACGUGAAAACGGCAUCGACUGUAUUGCCAGUCGAAAAUCUCGACAUGCUUGCGCUGACUCUGUAGUAUACACUCUGUGCCUCCGUUCCGGGCAAACGCCCCUCUACCCCUUGCCGGCUUCCGCGCUGAAUCAAAUACCCCGUAUCCUUAACGCCGGCGGGCUAAUGCCGCGCAAGAAGGUCUUCCAAAAGACUGCAGAGGCGAUUUAUGCCUUGUGAAAUGCCUUCUGUCCGAGACACCUUCUCCCUGAAACCUCAAACUCCAAGCUAUUGUGUACACGUGUGGCACAAACCAUCUUU